AUGCAUUAUAUACUCUGGGCCGUCGUUGCAGCUUCGUUGUUGUUUCUGGUACGACGAUCUUUGAAGAAUCAGAAUCGUCGAAAUCUUCCGCCAGGUCCUCGCGGUUGGCCUAUUGUUGGGAAUCUACCUCAAGUAGCAGGGGAAGGUCAAAUAUGGCGUCUCUUAACGAAGUGGAAGUAUGAAUACGGUCCUCUUACAUAUCUAAACUUAUGUGGACAGGACGUUAUAGUUAUCAACUCCCGCCCAGCCGCUUUAGAGAUUCUAGAGAGGCGAUCUGCGAUGUACUCAGACCGACCCAGAUUUAUUGUGUCCGAGUACCUUGGAAGCGAAUUAGCAAUGCCUUUCACAAGAUAUACUAAAGCAUGGCAAAAUAUGCGCCGCGCAACUCAUGAAGUCCUGCAUAGUCAAGCUGCUUCGCAAUAUCACCCUGUCCAAACUGAGGAAGCCAUCAUUCUCGUGCAGAAUUUGUUGUUCGAUCAAUCUUCAACUCUCCGCGAGAAACUAAAUGCGUCUGCGGCUACCAUGUUAUCGGUCAUAUACGGCAGGAAGUCAGUCAACUCUUCUUUUCUCCCCUCUAUGCACGUAGGGAAGCCGGCUGUCACGAUAUCCGAAGCACCGGAUAAGCUCCUCAUUACCUCCGAUAUUCUACAAUCCUUAGCCAACAUUGGACAUCGCUUUACUAGCUCUGUAUAUCCAGGCUCUUACCUUGUUGAUGCAUUCCCUAUAUUGGAUUAUCUACCCGAAUUCCUGACCAAAUGGAAAAGGGAAGCAGUUCGAGAUCGUAGACUGAUGGGAGAGGCAUUCCAAAGCUAUUAUGAGGAAGCGUUGCGAAACGAUGUCAACCGAGGGAGUCUUGUCGCAAGGCUCGAAGACACCACUUUGGGUAGUGGUUUGACCUACGAAGAGAGAUGGUGGGUCACCGGUGUUGUCUCUGUAGCUGCUCUUGAAACUACAAGUACUACCCUUGCAUACUUCAUCUUUGCUAUGACCUUGUACCCGCGCGUUCAGCGGAGAGCUCACGAGGAACUUGAUCGGGUCAUCGGAAGGACUCAAAAUCCAAUGUUUUCCGAUUUGCAGAAUCUCCCAUAUAUUAGGGCUGUUGUGAAAGAGAUACUUAGAUGGAAUCCUCCACUUCCGGUGGUUGUGCCCCGCAUUGCAUUAGAGGACGAUUGGUAUGAGAAUUACUAUAUUCCGAAAGGUACGGCGAUACUCGAAAAUCUAUGGGGCAUGAACUACGAUAAGGAGGUGUAUGGCCCUGAUGUCGAAGAAUUUCGUCCGGAGCGUUUCCUUCUAGAAACUGAAAAGGGAGAAUAUGAGCUCAAGCCCGAAGUUGAAAAUGAAGACGGGCAUAAUUCCUAUGGGUUCGGAAGGAGAAAAUGUGUCGGGAAACAUGUCGCUGAUAAUGCAUUGUUGAUUGGAAUAUGCACUAUUUUAUGGGCGGUCAAUAUCGAGCCCGUGGAAUGUAAAAUUGAUCUGGCGAGGAACACUCUCGAUACAGUCAAUCCGAUACCUGAUUUUCAAUGCAAAUUCACUCCCAGAUUUGAAGGAUUGGAGUCAUUCCUUCAACACCUGCGUGACAAUUUUGAAUAUUUUAAACAGAAUAGAGAUUAG